AUGUUGAUGACCCCUGGAAGGGUACCCCAACUCCUCUGCCAUGAGCUCACGGCCUCCCCACCCCUUGCGGUUGACUGGCAUCAUCAGACUCCAGUACUCAUCAGUUGUGUAUCCACCAAGUUACUGGGGUCCGUUGCAGAGAUCCAGGACCGUCAGACGCAACGAGGAGAACGAGAACAAGAGAAGAUCAUCAUAGAGGACACGAAGAUUCAAGAACAAGAGAAGAUCAUCAUAGAGGACAAGAAGAUUCAAGAACAAGAGAAGAUCAUCAUAGAGGACAAGAAGAUUCAAGAACAAGAGAAGAUCAUCAUCGGACUGGAUGUUGGAAACAAUCACGUUCCCUCUUCCAAAACGUCGCCUGCACAAGUAGGACAGGAGCUGGCAGACUUGAAGCAAGCCAUCUUCUUGGCGAAAGAAGUUCCUAGCUCGGUUGCAGCAGCCAUCGGCAUCGCUGGGUUCAUGAGCUGGUCGAACCUGACCAUGCGCUCAACUGGCUAG